UGGUUAUGAAAUUAUGCUAGCUUUUGAUUUUUGUUCCAGAACACAAUAAACAAAGAUAUUUUGGACUGGAAAUUUCUAGCAUAAAUAUCUUGGACCCUAGGUUCACAUUCCUAUAGAACAUCAAACCAUUCAAAAACUUUUGGAUGGGAAAUGGGAUGAACAACUUAACAUGAAAUCUUCUAAUACAUGCCAAAGUAACGGUCAUUUAUACACUUGGGGAAGGGGUUUUGCUGGCGCUUCUGAUGCUAACUUUCCUCAGCUUUCACUUUCAUCUUUGGGGUGCACGAAAGCUGCCCUUGGAUGGAAUCACUGCUUACUGUUGUCAGGUGAUGAAGAAGUAUGUAUGCUUGGUGUCAAUUACCAUGGGGUUCUUUGUGAUCUUGAGGAAAUGAGUGCAGUGAAGCACCUUUCGGCAGAUUCAUCUGGAGCUCUUUUGAAUAAAGUAAUUGGUCUUGAUGGGGUGAAAGUUGUGAAGGUCGCAGCUGGAGCUGAGCACUCUGCUAUAGUGACAGGCAAAAUUAUUUACCAUGCAUUGAUACCUAUCUACAUUUGCAAUAAGGUCACUCUCCUCAAUCAAUAUUCCUGACAGUAUUUCAAGAAAUUGAAAAUGUUCCUGGGUAGAUUUUGUUGCUCAUGAUGCUCGAGGGAACAAAUCUACAAAAGUAUGAAUCCAGAAAACCGUAGGAUGAGGUCAAGGCAUAAGUGCACUACGAAAGCUCAGCACUUGCUUCCCACGCAGAGCUGAUUUUUUUCUUUUCACGUCAGCUGAGAAAGGUCUGGUUUGUAUCUUCAUUAAUGACCCAUCUGCCGAGACUCUAUCUGAAUGAGUGUUUCUAGGAUAGCAUUUUAGGAUCGUAAAAGCCAUAGCUAGAUGACACUUAUGAAACCAUUCUAAGGUUGUUGUUUGAUCGUGGAUAAUUCAAGUGAAAAAACUUGAAAUGUUUUCAUUCGAUCGUCCAUGUCAUGUCCUUUUCUAUACAUUAAACAGUUUAUGAUAUCCAGUGUCAGCAGCAUCAGUGCUAAUUAGAGUCGUUUAUUGUUUAUUACGUGCUGCAUUGUAGCGCUGUCUGUUUAUUUAUUUAGAUUUUAGUUUUGAAGUUGUAUUUUAAAUAAUAAUAUACAGCUUGCUGUAAGCUAA